AUGGCCCACUCUAACGAUCUACAGAUCCUCCCCCCCAGUGCCGGCUAUGGCAUCGUCAUCGGCAUCGGGGGCAUCUUCGCCCUCUUCAUGCUGGGCCUCACCUGGCUCCAAAACCGCUACACAACCUUCUCCACCCAGCAAGCCGAAGAAUUCAACACGGCUUCCCGAUCCGUCAAGCCCGGGCUCAUCUCCGCCGGCAUUGUUUCGUCGUGGACCUGGUCCGCCACGCUCCUGACAAGCUCCACCUUCGCAUAUAGCUACGGCGUCUGCGGUCCAAUGUGGUACGCCGCCAUGGGCACCCUGCAGAUCCUCCUCUUCGGGCUUAUUGCGAUUAAGAUCAAAGCCCACGCGCCAGGCGCACACACCAUGCCGGAGAUCGUGCGCGCCCGGCACGGGACAGUCGCGCACCUGACGUACCUGUACAACGGGCUCGCGACGAACAUGCUCGUCGGCGCGUGUCUGGUCCUCGGCGGGGCGCAGGUCGUCGCCGCGCUGACGGGGAUGAAUGUCUAUGCGGCGACGUUUCUGAUUCCGGCGGUUGUGGCGGCGUAUGUGAUUGCUGGCGGGCUGCGAUCGACCUUCAUCGCGGAUUAUACGCACACGGUUAUCCUGUUUGUGGCGAUUCUGGUGUUUGGGUUUCUGGUUGCGGCGCGGAGUGAGUUGAUAGGUAGUCCGGGGAGACUGUAUGACUUGCUGCAGGAGGCGUCGAGGGAGAUGCCGAUCGCGCGGAAUACCGACGGGUCGUAUCUGGCUUUUCGGUCGGUUGGCGGUUUGGUCUUUGCGAUUGAUAUUUUUGUCUCGGGUUUCACGACGGUAUGGUUGGAUCAGGCGUAUUGGCAGCGGGCGAUUGCCUCGCGGCCGGAGACUUCGGUCAAGGCGUAUCUCCUGGGUGGGAUCGCGUGGUAUGGAAUCCCGUUUGGCUUUGCAACAGCCAUGGGUCUCGGGUGCGCAGCCCUGACCAACAAUCCGGCCUUUCCUACAUAUCCCCAUCCACUAUCGUCCGACCAGGUUGCAGCCGGACUCUCUGCCCCGGCUACAGCUAUAACGCUCCUCGGCAAGGGAGGCGCAGUCCUCAUGCUCAUUCUCCUCUUCAUGGCCGUCACGAGCUCCACCUCCGCUGAACUCAUCGCCGUCUCGUCGCUUCUAACCUUUGACGUCUACAAAACCUAUUUCCGCCCGCACACCGACUCGGCUUCCCUGGUACGGGUUAGUCACUGGGCCAUCGCGCUGUACGCGCUGGUUCUGUCUGCCUUCUGCAGCAUUCUCAACGCAGUAGGCCUGAGUCUCACCUGGGUCCUUACCGUGCUGGGUGUCAUCGUCGGUGGGGCCGCGGUACCCGUCGGGCUGAUUCUGCUCUGGAGACGGAUGUCCACAGUUGCUGCGAUCGUGGCGCCGUGGCUCGGUUUUGUUUGUGGCAUUGUGGUUUGGUUCGUUACCUCGAUGAAACGGUCUGGGGCGAUUAACGUCGAGACAACCGGGGAUGGGACCAAUGCCGUUGCGGGGAAUCUUGCUUCGUUUGGGGUUGGUAUCGUCUCUGCUGUGCUUCUGAGCUAUCUUUUCCCGGAGAAGUAUCCGUGUGUAGAUGCUCAGGUUGCGCCGGGAAUUGAGGGUGUUGCUCCGACGCCUCAGGAGGACACAGUGCAGCCACCGAAAGCUGCCGAUGGUUAUGAAAAAGAGACGUCAGCGCCGGCAAAGAAUGAGAUUGUCGAGUUCCUCCAAGACAGGCAGAUCGAGCCUAUGGAUCCAAUGCUGGUCCACAAGGCCGAACGGUUGGCGCAGGGGGCGAGUAUCGUCUUUAUCCUCAUCGCCGUGAUCCUCGUGCCGUUCACUCUCUUCGGAACCAGCUACGUGUACAGCAAGCCAUUCUUCACCGGCUGGGUAGUCGUCUCGCUGAUCUGGAUCUGGGCCAGUGUCAUCAUCUGCGUAGUAUACCCCGUCGUCGAGAGUGCCGGCGCGCUGGGAGACAUUUCUAGAGGACUAUGGAUGGACAUCAAGGCGUUGACGGGAGUGAAAAAGAAGAGUUUGCAGACCAACACCGUCUAA